AUGAGACCAUGGCAGGAAUCGGCAAGUUUGAUAUUAGCAGGACGCCAGUAUAUGCAAAAAUACAAUCCUGCAAGUUGCAAUUACAAAUUGCUAAUGUUGAAACGUCAUCAAAAAUCAAGUUUCAUGCCGGGGAUGUACGUCUUCCCGGGCGGUACCAUAGAUGCAGCUGAUACCUUGAAAUGGCGCGAGAUCUUUGCCGCCUUCGGUGUGAACAACAAUAGUUUCGCAUCUCUGGUCCCAAAAAUUGCGGAGCAGCCAGAGAUCUAUCAAUCAAGACAAGAUGAACUGCCGAGAGAGAUCUCAUUACGCAUCACGGCGAUUCGUGAGACCUUCGAGGAGUCCGGGAUACUGAUGUGCAAACAUAAAGAUGCUGAUAUAUCUACUAAUUGGGCCAACCAUGUGUCGAUACCAAAAAAUGAAUUGCAAAUGUGGCAGAGCAAAGUGCAUAACAAUGCUACAGAAUUCCUUACCCUUUGCGAAAAAUUAGAGUGUUAUCCAGAUUUGUGGGCACUGCACGAAUGGAGGAAUUGGUUAACACCUUCAAUUUUGUCUGUGAAACGCUUCAAUACUAUAUUCUAUUUAGCCUGCAUGCCAAUGAUACCGUACGCUGAAUACGAAGCCGUUGAAAUGGAGGAUCUGAAAUGGGAAACGCCAGAAGAUCUUUUUUCAAAGGAUAUUAUACUUCCACCGACGCAACAAUAUGAAAUUGCAAGAUUAAGUAAAUUUAAAAAUAUAGAAAAGCUACUAGAUUUUGCCAUGGAAUGUAAGACAGAAGAGAUGCUGCGACAUUUGUAUUUACCGAUACAUACAAACCUAAAAGAUGGUAUUGUGUAUGUCUUCCCUGGAGAUACAAUGUAUCCAAAGGAAGUUAACUUAUUAGACCAAAAGCAAAUUGAUAAAUCAGAUAUUACCAGAUAUGAAUAUCGGGAGAUGACACCAAUAAAAAAUCGAAUGGAAUAUUGGACUACACAUGUUAAAAUUAUUUUUACCGAUAUACAUGGUAAAGAUAAUUAUGUGGAAAUUUCAAUGUCUAGCUACAGAAAAGAUGCACAUGGAAAUAUUAAAAAUAAGCUCUGAAAUAAGGUAUAAAAAAAUAUUUUUUUGUUUUAUAUGGAGUUUUUUAAUCAAAUUUGUCAAAUCAUCAAAUUAAGCAAAUCUAUGCAAUAUGCAAAUUUCUUGCAUAUUAGAUGUUCAAUAACUUGUUAAAGUAUUUAGUAAACAAAUAUACAUUUUAUAAAUAUAUAUCUUUUUGAAACAAUGAUAGACAAAAUAAUUAUAUUUUUGUAAAAUGUAAAAUUAUUUUGUAUUAUCUUUAUACAAUA